AUGACAUAUCAAGUACAAGAAUUCUUCGUCUCACAAAAUUCAGAAGCGCAACCACCGAAUUCAAAAAAAAGAUUAGUUAACAAUCGUAAUAAAUGUUGGUAUCCUUCGUGUCCUUCACCAUCAGAGUCUCUUCUUAUCGAGUGUAAAGUUGAAGAACGACAUUUUAUUGGCGAUACUUCUCCAUACGAUAACAUUGAUUCCUAUUCAAAGCCUAUACGUUUUACAAUGAAUGAUCAACUACAGCCAGCACAAUUUCGCUCAGAAGUUAUUCUUCACAAUAAUCCUGAAACAGAUUUACAAAUUAAAAGACUUUUUGUUAAUUUUCAUUUUCAUGAUGAUACACCAGAAAAUGCUCUCAGAAAUGAGAGCCCCACAUCAUUUACAGUACCAUCUCUGCAUCGUCGGUCUUUAGAUAUUCCAAAAAAUUCAAUUAAACAAAACCUAAAACAAAAGAAACAGAAUGAUUCGCAAAAACCUCAAUCAACAACAUCAUCACAUUUUAAUGAAUUUUUACAUCAGUGGGUUGAUGAUCUGUGUGCUAAUAAACAUUUAAUGAAGAGUGAUGAUAUUGUAUUUUUUAUUAAGAAUGGCGAAUUCUUUGCUAGAAUUUAG